AGCUCGGUGGUUGGAGACCCGCCGGUGAUCUAGUGAGAUCAGCCGGUGAGUUAAAGGGCGGGACGUCCGCGGGCGCAGUAUGGAAAGGACGUAUGAGAAAAUCUGUGAUUAAUGCGUCAAAAAAAUUGUCGGCGUCAAGCACACGUCAAGUUAAGGCGUAAUUAACGCGACAAAUCUGACAGCCCUACAAUUUAUACAAGCACAACUUAAAAUCACAACGCCUUGAAGCUAACUACACACAAAUCUUUAAACGAUGCACAAAUCGCUGGUUACACACAAAACCACAUUUACACACACAUUUGAUGUGAGACUCUUUUCACAUCUCCAAGACCGACACAUUCUAAACUCCAUAUUGUCAAUAUGUGACGACUUGGGGACAGGGAGUCUAACUCGGGACUGGGUUAGGGUACCAGUACCGGAUGCGUCCUGAGGACCAGUCCGCAUUUGGUACCAGGUUAGAAGGAAAGCGUUUGGAGGGUUAGGGUACCGGUACUGAACGCGUCCCGAGGACCAGUCUGCAUCCAAUACUGCUUCCGGGUUAGGGUUAGGGUACUGGUACCAGACGCAUCCCAAGGACCACUCCGCGUCCAGUACUGGAUCCGGUUCCAGGUUUAGGGACCAGUGUUCUUCACGUCCUGGUACUGGACCAGUUCUGGUUCGCGGUCCCUGGGUUUGGGGACCCAUGAUCUAUCAGCAACAGGGGAAACCCAAAACGUUAAAAAGUGACGCGAUGUGUGACGACUUGGGAAUGUAAAUAUGUUGCCAUGAUUUGUCCGUAAGUGAUGAGUUUAAAUGCUGCUAGAAUGCAUCCAAGUUAUCCUGCUAUUCAAGUUCAAAGGGUUGGAUAAGAAAACUCUGAUGACCCAGCAUUCUAGCAGCAUUUGAACGCAUCACUCACAGAUGAAUGCUGGAGACGUGAAAAGAGUCUCACAUCUGAUUCCUGUGUAAAUUAGGUUUUGUGUGAGUUCUGUUUGUAUUUUGUAGCUUUUGUACAUGUGAAUACACAAUUGCAAGUAAACAAAGUUACACACAAUGUUCCAUAUCCAGAAUUACCCACAAAUCAAAUAGAAGUAUUUCCUCUCCAUAGAAGCUCUUUGGUUUCUAGUGUGUUAUGGUGAAGUUCAGAUGGAGGAAGGUUGUAGAUGAAGGUGAAGAACCAGAAGCUCCGCUGAGAUUCUUCUGUUGACCACAGAAAACCCUGAACUAGUUCUCUGCUCCACAGGUUGAAGGGAGCUGCAGCGCCACCAUGAGCCCAUCCAGGACCUCAGCUUUGCUCUUCAUCCCAGAGCUGCUGCUCCUCUUCUUCUUCUUCAUCUCGAUGGGACUUCCUGGUUCUUCUGCCGGAGGCUCCGCUCUGAGCACUCAGUUCAACAACACGGCGGGGAACAAAACCAAAUGCGGGGGCAGCACCUACUGCGUCCAGGGCGUGAUCCUGCCGGUGUGGAAGCCGGACAACCCCGCCUUUGGCGAGCGUCUGGCCAGGGCAACCAUCUACUUCCUGGGCUUGAUCUACAUGUUCCUGGGAGUCUCCAUCAUUGCAGAUCGCUUCAUGGCGUCCAUUGAAGUCAUCACCUCUCAAGAAAGAAAAAUCACCAUCAAGAAACCAAACGGGGAGAAGAUCACCACAACGGUCCGCAUCUGGAACGAAACCGUCUCCAACCUGACCCUGAUGGCGCUGGGCUCUUCUGCGCCGGAGAUCCUGCUGUCGGUCGUUGAGGUCUGUGGUCACGGCUUCCACGCUGGAGAGCUGGGUCCAAACACCAUUGUAGGAAGCGCCGCCUUCAACAUGUUUGUCAUCAUCGGCCUCUGUGUGUCCGUCAUCCCUGAUGGGGAGACCCGGAAGGUCAAGCACCUGCGGGUGUUCUUCGUCACCGCCUCCUGGAGCGUCUUUGCUUACACCUGGCUUUACCUGAUCUUGGCAGUAUUCUCCCCAGGUGUUGUUGAGAUAUGGGAGGGGCUUCUGACGCUCUUCUUCUUCCCGUUCUGCGUAGGGUUUGCAUAUGUCGCUGACCGCAGGCUUCUCUUCUACAAAUACGUGUAUAAACGAUACCGAGCAGGGAAGAGGAGAGGAGUCAUCAUUGAAACCGAGGGAGAGCCGGAGCUGCCUUUGAAGGUCGACGUGGAGAUGGACGACAAAAUGCUCAGCACUCAGGCUGACAGGUUUGUGGAUGGAGAGUCUGGGUUGGAGGGGCAGGAAGUCGAAGAAGAGGAGGCCCGCAGAGAGGUCGCCAGGAUUCUGAAGGAGCUGAAGCAAAAACAUCCAGAAAAGGAGGCGGAGCAGCUGAUGGAACUCGCCAACUACCAAGUUUUAAGCCAUCAGCAAAAGAGUCGAGCCUUCUAUCGGUGUCAGGCCACUAGGAUCAUGACCGGAGCAGGAAAUGUCCUGAAGAAGCACGCGGCGGACCAGGCCAAGAGAGCCCAGCACACCCUCUGCUCCGAGGGUUCCACCAACAGCUUCUCCUCAAAGGUUUUCUUCGAUCCAGGGACUUAUCAGUGUCUGGAGAACUGCGGCAGUGUGGCACUCAACGUGGUACGCAAAGGAGGAGACCUCAACACCACCAUCGCUGUGGAUUACCGAACUGAAGAUGGUACUGCCAAUGCUGGAUCGGACUACAAGUUCUCUGAAGGAACCCUGGUGUUCAAACCGGGAGAGACGGAAAAGGAAAUCCACAUCAACAUCAUCGAUGACGACAUCUUUGAGGAGGACGAACAUUUCCUGGUUCACCUCAGCAACGUGAGGGUCAUAUCCAGGGCGCCACACUGCCAGGACAGCAACCAUGUGGACGUCCUUGCAGGGCUGGGCUUGCCUUGCUCAGCGUCCGUCACCAUCUUUGAUGACGACCAUGCUGGGAUCUUCACCUUUGAGGAGCCGGUGAUCACCGUCAGUGAGAGCAUUGGCGUGAUGGAGGUGAAGGUGUUGCGAACAGCUGGAGCUCGUGGAGUGGUGGUGGUGCCGUACAAAACCGUUGAGGGGACAGCCAAGGGAGGCGGCGAGGACUUUGAAGACACUCAUGGAGUCCUAGAGUUUGGGAACGAUGAAGUCCUCAAAACUAUUCAGAUCAAUAUAAUCGAUGACGAAGAGUACGAGAAAAACAAGAACCUCUUCCUAGAGAUGGGAGAGCCUCUGCUGCUGGAGAUGAGUGAGCGGAAAGCUGUGUUGCUUCAGGAAGUCGGUGAAUUUGUAAAGACAGGUAAAGACAUCUACAGGAAGGUCCAAAGACGAGACCGCCCCGCCCCCUCCAGCAUCAUCGCCAUCACAGNGGGGGUGUGUCAGGAGACAUUGACAAAGAAGGAGGAGGAGGAGCGCCGUAUUGCAGAGAUGGGCAGACCGAUGCUGGGCGAACACGUCUGGCUGGAGGUCAUCGUUGAGGAGUCGUACGAAUUCAAGAAUGUUGUGGACAAACUCAUCAAGAAGACCAACCUGGCUCUGGUGAUUGGAACAAACACCUGGAGGGAGCAGUUUAUGGACGCAAUCACCGUCAGCGCUGGUGAUGAAGAUGAGGACUGCGGUGAGGAGAAGCUGCCCUCUGGCUGUGAUUAUGUCAUGCACUUCCUCACCGUCUUCUGGAAGCUUCUGUUUGCCUUCGUUCCUCCCACUGACUACUGGAACGGUUGGGCCUGCUUCGUCAUCUCCAUCGUGGUCAUUGGCCUGCUGACGGCAGUGAUCGGAGACCUGGCCUCGCACUUUGGCUGCACCAUUGGCCUCAAAGACUCUGUGACUGCUGUGGUGUUUGUGGCUCUAGGAACUUCAGUACCCGACACCUUUGCCAGUAAGGUGGCAGCCAUCCAGGACCAAUAUGCAGACGCCUCGAUCGGCAACGUGACGGGAAGCAAUGCCGUCAACGUUUUUCUUGGAAUCGGCGUGGCUUGGUCCAUCGCGGCUAUCUACCACUCCAGCAAGGGAGAAGAGUUCAAAGUGGACCCGGGCACGCUGGCAUUCUCCGUCACACUCUUCACCAUCUUCGCCUUUAUUUGCAUCUUUGUCCUCAUCUAUCGCCGCCGACCUUCAAUAGGCGGAGAGCUCGGUGGGCCCCGGGUUCCCAAGAUCCUCACCUCUUGCCUGUUUUUCAGUCUUUGGCUCAUGUACAUCAUCUUCUCCUCCCUUGAGGCCUACUGCCAUGUGAAAGGAUUUUAGCUGGUCUGGUGCAUCUUGGUCCCACGAGGUCCUGAUAGAAUCUACUUUGGAGAUUCUUGAUGUUGUUCCAGCGCUUGUGUAGCUUCAGGUCUGACAGAAGACACUUUUCAUAGGUUCUGGUCUUUGUUUUCAGGACAAAUGCUUUUGGAGACUAAUUCUUCAGAGCAGGAAUGGUGUUGUAUAAACAUAGUGCUUGCUUAGUUCUUGAAACUUAUUUACCAGUGUGAUCAAAUACAGUAACCCAUUUGUUUUUCCUGUGAACCGGUUCAUGGCCUGUUCUGGACUAGAGUCCAAGUAUUUGAGUCCUAUCGUCUUUGUGAUAGAAAAAAACACAUCAUAGAUGUUAGACGUAGAGACUGCGACCUGCAGUCUUUUCAGUUUCUUUAGUGUCUAGAAGUUGAGUCAUGAUGGUUGCUAUGACUCAACUUCUAGACAGCAUCACCUGGACGAAUGAGAACCUUCACCGACACAUGACCUCUUCAGGUUUGAAUCCAGCACAGACGCUCAUCAGAUGAAAGAAGACAAACAAUAAACCAAAUACCUCAAGCCAGGAUGGGGGGGGGGUCUCAGAAAACAACACCAAUACAUGGGGGUGUGGUCAGUCAAUGACCAGAUUUAUCCUAAUGGCCACGCCCAGUGGAUCGGGGUGUGUUAUGGGUGUGAAACUGAGGAAAACUGCAUGUUUAAUAAAGACAUCCCAGUAAGAACAUAUUUCACUUAUUUCUAAAUAAAACGUUUCUGGGAAAAAGACCACUUCACUAUGACUCUGCGUUUAUACUUUGUUGUUCUUCUAGAUUUCACAGAAAGAUCAUCUUCUGGUUUGAGGUGAGACUGGAUUGUCAUUGGUGGUUUGGAUAAAGUUAUAAUGGGCUGUUGUUAUAGUCUUUCAAAAGUAAAGCAUGCAGAGUGAUGAUGCCUCUGUUGUUUACCCCCCGCUGUUCUCUGAUUGGUCGACAGCCCUCUGUGAAGCAUCUACAUUUGAGGUUCCUCUGGAGCAAAUCGCUGUAUUUCUGAUCCAAGUUUUCCUUUCAUCUGUAGACGUGACCUUGAAGGUUAUUUUGUUUUUGGUUCUGUGGUUGGCUUUCCAGUCCACAUGUGGACUUCACGUCUGCAGAGAUGUUCAUCAAAACAAACAUGGACUGAUGAGCUGUCAAAGACUUGUUUGUGUUAUUUUCUAGUCAUUGUCAUUAAAUACUAUAUUCUCGCCCUC